GCUCCAAGUCAGGGCGAAAAUAGGACAUGUAGUUGUUAUGGCAACGUUGUGUAUGAGUGGAGUCCGUGUCAAAUUAGUGCAAAAGUAGCCUAAUUCAGUGUGCUUGAACCUUUACAGGCGACUUAAUACUUUGCGGUUGUGUGAUAAGGGCGUGAGUUAACGUGUCCACACUAAAAUACAGUGGUAAUAUAAAGCACAGUUAACGAACCUAAUGGUGCUAGUUUGGUUGCUAACUAAGUUCGUGUGGAAGAAGGUCGUCACAGCUGUGCAAAGAAGCAAUGUCAAGUAAAAACCUCCCACCGGUGCGCCACUUGCCACACUGGACCCGAGUUGGGCCUUUCGGGAGGAUGUGCUCUCCACGACUUGUAGUGGCAAACCAGCUGCAGCCGCUGCCUGCUGUCCCGUCAGCGGACAGAGGACUGGGGAGAGCAGAGGAACAGUCCUGUCACAACGACGGGGACCCACGCGUCGCAUCACUACAGAGGAAUAUACUGUUCCUGCAGCAAGAACACAAGGGGACUCUUGAGAAGCUCCAUGCAGAGAUAGAGCACCUCAGACGGGAGAAUAAAGAGUUGCAGUAUAAGCUGAUAAUGGACUCUCCAAAGGCAAGUACAAAAGGACUAACACACAGUCAACAAAGCAAUAGGCCACUUGCUCAGGGAAGUGAUGUCCAUGUGGGACUCUGCUUGGAGGAGCCACUACAGGACACAUGGCCCUUGCAAGACCAGGCACUGAGGAGAAACAUUAGAGAAGACGGUGAAAUCCUGGGAUCUGCCAGGCUGGACCAUGGCCCAGAGGUGAAUGGGGGCCUCAUCACUUCUUUACAACCUCUACGAAUUCACAGCAGCCCCUUUCAUCCUCCACGUGCUCCAACACUACAGGAGUGCGAGGUCAUCAUCCGGCAGCUCUACAAUGCUAACAGUUUACAGUCUCAGGAACUUAUGCGUGUGAAGGCGUUGCUGAGAGAUAUUGUUCUGAGCAAAAAAAUCACCCCAGAAAACUACAUUUUGACCAAGGCCUAUCUUGUUGAUGGUACCCGGAAAUCGUCACAAGAAAAAACAUUUCCAAAACUCGGUCUUCAAUCAUUUCCAGCAAAAAUGUCAGGACCCCCUCAGUCAGGCAUGGUCCUCCCAGCCCUCAAGCAGAGCCUCAGCUCAUCUAUUGCAGACAGACAGAGGAGGACCCGUGCUGUGCAGAGAGACCGUUUCAAAAGGAUUGUGCAGUGACAGGCUCAAAACAGACACAGUGCCAGCUAGAUCCACGUUAUGAUGGGGCUUUUCACCAUUCUUCACAUAACACAUAGUCAUAAAACCUAUGUGUGCUCUAUGGAAUAAGUUCAUUGAUUGAUGAUCUUUUUUAAGAGAUGACUAUAAUGGGUACAGAUGAUAGAGAGUUGAACAGAUUGGAAAAAACGGUCUAUAGACUUAAAAGUUCUUAAUUUUGCUCACAAAAAAAAGUGUCUCCAAUUUAACUUUAUAUGGGAACUUAUAAAUAUAUUUAUUAAUUUGACCAAACAUUGCAUUUUAGGGCAUUUGAACUUCAAGGGGCAACAUGUCAGACAGUUGACAGUGGCCACUGCAGGGAGUCAGGUGUUUUAGUUCAGCUAAUAGGGCAUUUGUUGUAACUUUGUCAAAAUGAUAGCAGAAUUGUUGUAACUUUAUAGAACUAACUACCAGUCACUUUUAAAACAACCAAGCAUUCAAAACCUGUAUCAAUGCAGACAAGCUAAUAAAGCCUCUAAAAGGUA